GUCUGCUUCUCAUGUGCUUGCAUUUGUUCCCUUCCUCAUAGGUACUGUGGGUUUUCUGAGUUAAUGUUUAAAGCCACAAACCUAUCUGUGCAUGAAGUUCCUCAAACAGAGCUUGUUACUGGCAUUGUAGGACGGUGUGAUUAACACAACUGGCUGGGCUUGGCCAGUUGAUGAUUUUCUAAUAGCAGGAUAUGGAACCUUCCUGAGGGAUAAAACUGAACUGUAGGACUAGAAGAAGAAAGAGAAGCUGGAUUGAUGAGAACUAUAAGAAAGCAUACAACAUUUUGGAAUGGAUUGAUUUGUGAUACAUCUGAUAUGUGAGAGCUACAUUUCGUGUCGCUGUUGUCCAGCUGCUGCUGGAGUACUUCAGCUGACUUCAUUGCAGCAAGCCCAAGUGAUCAGUCCUCACCCUUGGCAGAACAUAAGCAAGUGUGAUGCUGAAAUGAGAUGAGGCUCCGAAAUGGAACUGUGGCCACCGUGUUAGUUUUCAUCACUACCUUCCUCAGUUUGUCCUGGUAUACUGCAUGGCAAAAUGGGAAAGAAAAGCUGAUUGCCUACCAGCGGGAGUUCCACGCGUUGAAGGAGCGCCUGCGCAUCGCCGAGCACCGCACGCUGCAGCGCUCCUCCGAGCUCAACGCCAUCCUGGAGCAGUUCAGGAGGGCCGUGGCAGAGACCAACGGCAGUAAGAAUGCCAUGAAUAAUUUCUCAGAUGAGACGCUGAAAUUGUUAAAAGAGCUAACAAGUAGAAAAUCUCUUCAAGUGCCAAAUAUCUAUUACCAUUUGCCUCAUUUGUUGAAAAAUGAAGGAAGCCUUCAACCUUCUGUGCAGGUUGGCCUUGGAAGGACAGGAGUUUCCAUUGUAAUGGGAAUACCUACAGUGAAAAGAAAAGUCAAGUCUUACCUUACAGAAACUCUCCACUCCCUGAUUGAUAAGCUGUCCCCUGAAGAAAAACUGGAUUGUGUUAUGGUUGUCUUUAUAGGAGAGACUGAUCUUGAUUAUGUUAACAGUGUUGUUGCAAGCCUGGAAAGAGAGUUUUCUACAGAGAUCAAUUCUGGCUUGGUGGAAGUUAUAGCCCCUCCUGCAACAUACUAUCCUGACUUGACAAACUUGAAAGAAACGUUUGGAGACUCAAAAGAGAGAGUGAGAUGGAGAACAAAACAAAACUUGGAUUAUUGUUUUCUUAUGAUGUAUGCCCAGAAAAAAGGAGUUUAUUAUAUUCAGCUUGAAGAUGACAUUGUUGUCAAGCAGAAUUAUUUCAGCACAAUAAAAAAUUUUGCGCUUCAGCUUGCUUCUGAAGAUUGGAUGAUUCUAGAAUUUUCUCAGCUGGGUUUCAUUGGUAAAAUGUUCCAGUCUCCAGAUAUCACUCUUAUUGUAGAGUUCAUAUUUAUGUUUUAUAAGGAGAAACCUAUUGAUUGGCUCCUGGACCAUAUCCUCUGGGUCAAAGUGUGUAACCCUGAGAAAGAUGCUAAACAUUGUGAUCGACAGAAAUCUAACCUACGGAUACGCUUCAGGCCUUCUCUUUUCCAGCAUGUUGGCCUCCACUCUUCUCUAGCAGGGAAGAUCCAGAAACUCACAGAUAAGGACUUCCUGAAACCAUUACUGCACAAAAUCCACGUGAAUCCACCUGCAGAGGUUUCGACAUCUUUAAAAGUCUACCAGGGGCAUACGCUAGAAAAAACCUACGUAGGGGAAGAUUUUUUCUGGGCUGUCACACCAGUUGCUGGAGAUUAUAUUCUCUUUAAAUUUGACAAGCCAGUCAAUGUAGAAAGAUACUUGUUUCACAGUGGCAAUCCAGAGCAUCCAGGAGACAUACUUCUAAACACAACUGUAGAAGUUUUGCCUUUUCAGAGUGAAGAACUGGUAUUAAGCAAAGAAACCAAAGACAAACGCUUAGAGGAUGGUUACUUCAGGAUAGGGAAGUUUGAAAACGGUGUAGCUGAAGGAACAGUUGACCCCAGCCUAAAUCCUAUUUCAUCAUUCCGGCUUUCAGUGAUACAAAAUUCAGCUGUCUGGGCAAUUCUGAAUGAGAUUCAUAUUAAAAAGAUUACAAACUGAUCAUGGAAAUCUGCUUUAGAGGAAAAAGAAAGAAUUCUUGAAAUUUCUUCCUAUAAAAUCUGACAUCCUUAGCAAGUCACAAAUGGAAAAUACUGAGCAUGCACCUUAUUCCAAAUGUCAUUCUUUUUCACUUGAACUCUACCUCUUGUGAAAUCUACUGUAGAUGAGAAGAUUGUAUUUACCCCUUCUUAUCUGAUCCAUCCAGAAACUGAUGCUCCACACUGAUAACAUUCAUCUGAGGCCCAAGUUGUCCUCCACUGUAAUGUGACUUUACCAUCUUAUGGUUGCAGAACCCUGCUACGCUUAACCUGUACUAUUUUGAUAGUAUAGUAAUAUAGAGUUGUACAUAUUGUUACAUUCCUUGAAGAAAAAAAAAAUAUAAUUAUUGUUAAAUAAGUUUUAUGAAGGGGGUACUUUCGGAGUUCCAUUUAUUUUCUAUAACAAGAACCCUCUUUUAUAGACUGUCAGGGAUAUAUAUUAAAAAAGCUAGGGAUAUUUAAUUUAUUAAAAUAAUUUGAAAAGUACAUAUUUUUAUGCAGUAAAAUUUUAAAUUGAUAUAGUUUUUUUAUGAAUUCUCUAGUUUAAGUUAUCUUUCUACAUUUUUCUUUGGAGAUGCAAACAUAAAUUAAUACCAUAUUUCAAAUAUACUGCCAUGUUAAAAAAAAAACAAGAUUAAGUUUCUAAAUUAUGUAGUUUUAUACACAGAAUCUGAAUGAUGUUCAGAGGCAUAAACAGAGUUCUGAAGAGCAUUAUUCUUUGGGGCUAUGGAAUUCCUCUAUGUACAGUUUGUAGCCACCUAAAAAGCAUGUUGAAAUGUCUUGUUUCAUAUUAUGUACUAAAUCUGCAGUAAUUUUAGAUUUAAUCCAUUGCAUUUUAGAAGAAUUUUUUUUUUACUCCAAAACAGUUCUUUCUAAAAAUAUUUGUAAACAUUUCCUAGGCUGAACAAAUUCAUUUUCUGUACUGAAGAAAAUCAUUCUCCAGCUUUGCUUUGGAGUGACAAGAGAUUACCUUUUAUCAAAAGAAUGAACAGUAGAUACAUUUGAUUUAAAGGGGUCUCCUUUUAAAAAGUUCUGUUGUUGUAGCGUUUAUUUUGGAUACAUUAGCGAGUAGUUACAGUUUAUUUUCUUCCUUUGUUUCAGAACAAGGUCUUAGUUUGACUCCUUUAUGGAUCAGUAUGGUAACUCACACUAACUUUAUAGUAGGAACUGAAUUUGGCCUCAAGUUAGUAGCCUGCCUUUUUGUUUCAAGGGAAACAACAGUGAUGUUAAAUGAAUCAGAAAUUUGGUCAGGAACAGAACGUGGUCUGGAUUACAAUCAGAGUGCAACUGUUGCAGUACUAAUGCUGCUGCUUUUCUUAAGAGUCCUUCUGCUUAGGUGCUUAUGUGUAAGGACUCAGGCCUGGGAAGAUUUCAGUUAGGCAGAAAUGACCAGGAAGAAGAGAGGCAGGAAUUCCUCCCUUUUAAUAGGAAUAAAGUGCCUGAUUGACAUUGGGGAGGGAGGCAUCCACACUGGCUUGGGUAUUGUCAGUUGUGCUGUGAACCAGCCUCCUGGAACUGACAUCUCAAAAGCUGGCCAGCUUUCCCUGUGGAAAAAAACACUCUGCAACCCCCAACACCGAAUCAUAGAAUUACUUAAGUUGGAAAAUAUUGUCUUUGUGAUCAGGGCACAGAUGCACAAAACCUGCUGCUGGUUCCCUGAUCUAGAGCAGGGGUCUUGAAUUUCUACUUCCCUAAUAAAGUUUAGCUGACAGAUUUGGGCUCCCUUUCACAAUAGGCUUGUAAGGAGCAAGAGCCUAAAGCUGCCUCACUAGCACUGCAAGCACCACUGGAUUAUAGUGUCAACCUGUCUUCUCUUCUGCCUUGUUGGAGAAUUGUGCCAUAGCUUUGACAAUUCAGCAAUAUUCAAGUUGAAGAACUUAACUACUUCUACAGACUGUUGUAAUUUUGGUUUAGCUAUGUUGUCUGGGGACACAGGAAAGACAAGAUCUGUAAGAAGAGCAAGACCUUCUGUUUAGACUGACUGGUGUUAAGUUCAAGAAAAAUUAGAUACCUAUCGGACCUUGUUUACUUUUCCUGAUUGCAUCAGGUCGUGUAAAUAAAAUGUUACUUGGAAAGCUUAUCUUGCCCAUAGAUGCUGUGGGCAUAAGCUAAGCACUGGUCACAUAAAUAGUUUAUUCUUGGAUUUAGGAAUGUGGGUGACUAGGCUCUGAAUCCUCUGUGACUCUGGCCUAUCGUGGUGCUACAGCCCCGUUUGUUUCCUGUAUAAUGCCCUGCCAUCUAAUUACCGACAUGCAACGGCUUUUUUUUUAUCACACAUCAGCUAGCAAAGGUCUGAGAAAGUAUUUAGGUUUUCUUCUCAGCUGUGUCUGUGAAUGAAUGAUGCAAGUUAUUUAAACUAGGAUUAUUUAUUACAAUCCAGACUGCAGAAAUACAUUAGAUAUUGCAGUGUCUUAAUAUAAUUAGUUUUGUUGACAGUGACCUUUUCCAUUUUUCCGUGAGUCUGGAAGUUUACUGGUACUAUUUAUGUAAGAAACCUGUGUGCUUAUUCUAAAAGCAUCACUGUUCAUGACAUUUCACAGUAGUUAAGAUGAAUCACUGCUAAUAUAUUUAAAUACACGGAACUCGUGCCACAUUGAUUGCAAGACUGGUUAGUAGUAUAUUUAGUUUUCAAAAAUCUUGAGAAGAAAUUAUCCAAGACAACAAAUUAAACUAGUGUGUGGUAAAAUGUGGGUUGUUUUCUAAAGAUUGAUGCAUUUUUAUUACAUUGUAGUAGCAGGAGUUGACAAUACUCUAGGCUGCUUCAAUACUUUCAAUGUUCCUGAGCUUACAGGCUCUCUAGAUGAAUGUGCCACAUGAUUACAAAUCAUAUUUCAUAGAUCCAGGUAAAUUCAGAGUUGGUGUAAUCAGGUAGAUUAUUUCUGCAGACAGCUAUUUUUGGCUUUCUACCUUUAAAUUCCAAAUCAGGCUGAAGUGGUGCAAGACUCCUUCCUGGAAGAAUGGUGAAGUAAGAAGACCUGGGCUGUUAGGCUUAUCAGCCUUUAGCUUGGGUACUGUUUGUGACUGGGUCUGCACCAGUGGGCUGGUGUCUCCUGCACAUCUCCAUUGUAAGGGACAAUAUUACCAUAUGAGAUCUUAAACAGCAUCUUAAACCUAUUACCUGUUUUGAGGGAGUUUUUCCCUACAUGUUUUCAAUUUCAAGUUAGUUUUGUUGUCACCUUAAAAAUCCCCUUGAGGCUGCUGAAUCUUAAGAGUUAUCCAAUAAUGGAAAGUGUUUGAAAAAAACCUGCACUACCCUAUACUCCUGUUAGCUCCUUCUGAUGCUGUUAAAGCUUCAGAAAAGCAAACUUUUGUGAAACCAAAGGCAUAGCCAGAAACCUUCAUUACCUGGGCAAAUGAACUUCUUAUACUGGAUGCCAAACAGACUGUCUGAUGUGAAAAUUUGCUUUUUUGAGCUGAUCAGGAUUGCUUGGGACCAAGAGAACACAAGACUGCCAGUAUAAUCUUGCUUUGCUCAUUCAGUGGGUCAUGCUACUGAACACUUUGUAAAUAAUGUGAACAGAAUGUGAUAAUUAGAGUGUUUCUAAAGCACUGUAUGAGGCUUUGAGCUUUUGCAGGCAUCUCAACCAUGUGUUUUCAUUGAUGGAAAAAAAUCCUAUGGAUAUAUUCUUUUUUUUUUGUACUUAAAGAUGGCUUAGAAAAAUUCAGAUAGAUGUGAUUCAUGGACCAAGAAAAGACUGGAGUCUUCUGUUGUAUCACUGCUUGUCUAGCUGUUUCGAAGCAGUUUUUAAAUACCUUGAGUCAGUUUAGAGCAAAGCAAUUUAUACUUUGCCUGUGUGAAACACAAUUCCUUGAAUGAGCUGAAGUGUGAUUAGUCUUUGGAAAAAUUUGGAAACUGUGUACCAGUUUUCUUCUUUUUUCCCCCAGAUAUAUUAUAAUUUCAGUAAUCUCUGUAUUUUAUUGGAAGUACUUGCUCCAGAUGAAGUAUCAUAGUAGUUUAUAGUUUGCCUCCAACUUGGAAAGUAUUAUUUUAGUCUCGUAGGGGAAAAGAAAAAUGAAAUCCUCUCAAGCUCCCCUAAAAUACAUGAACCCAAGGUUCUACAUUUGUUCUUACUAGGAAGGAUGUAUUCUGAAAAAGCUAGAAGAAGUAACUCUAGCUAGAAGUGGGGGGGGGGGGGGGGAAGUCCUUGUGUUUUUAAAUCAUCUUUACAAUCACCAGCAUAAGGCUGACAAGCUAUUAAACAACUGGUGUUUUCAGGCUAGCAUUGAUUGCUGAUGUACAACACACAGCCCAUGGAGACCCAGUGAAUUAGUCCUUGAGUGUCACCUUUGUGACCUUAGUGGUCUCUAAAGGGUUUUGCUAAGUUCUGCUAGUUCUGCUGUAAACAGUGAACUGCUGCAAGUUGAAGUAGCUUAAUUUUGAGAAUGAUGAAGCCUUGUUUCAAGGGCAAAGACAUUAAUAUCUUUAAAGGGGUAGGUACACAGGCCCCGAGUCCUUCAAUGGUAUCGCACCAUUACAGGGCAGUACUAAAUAUGAAGUAUUUUUCUGUUGAACUGAAGUGGAUGAUCAGUGAUGCUAGGAUUCCUGUUAGGGGAAAGGUGUACAGUUAGGCUGCAGCUGCCUGCAGGACAGGAGCUUGUGCUGUUAGCCAGGAAGGGAGCAGAUCCUGACUGGAAUCUUUCACCUUCCAUGGAUCAGCAGUUCACUGCUUUCCUUGUUUAAAGGAGAACUUUCCCUGUUUAAAAUUGCUCAGCAUCUGCUGAGAGGGAAACAUUAAUCUCUUCAAGCCUUAACAGUGGCUGAAACACACAGUACUGUAAGAUGCACUGCCAGCAUAUUUGGUAUUUUAAGAUAAAUUAUAGUUUUUCCUUAGAGAUCACAUUCUAGUAUUGAAAUUGUCUUACUGUAACCAGUUUACUCUUGUGUUGUUUUGGAACCUGAAUCCCAGUGCUCAUGUUUCAUGCUGAACACUGCAUUGGAAAGCUGUCAUCUUCACUUUCCAUAAGGUAUUGUUUGUGAUGGUCAGUUUCUACUUCUGCCUUGUGGACUUCACAGCUGCAAGCAUUGCCAUGAGCCCACCCCUGUAGCCAAACCAACUUGUACUUUCCUUCCAUGUUCAUUGAUUGACCUGCCACUCAGAAUGGUGGAUGUAGUAAUACCCACUGGACUGCUAGAGAUUGGGUUUAAAACUUGCUGCUAUCUUUGGAAUCCUGAUAUGGGUCAUGUUAAUUGUGCCUUUCAUCACUGUUUCUUCUGUGUGCCAGAGUUGUCCAUGUAUAUUUGAAGUAGUCACUGAAGUAAAUCUGUUCUCACAAUCUCUCAUACAAGGAAGGACAGAUCUCUAUCUAGAGACAGUUGUUGCUUUACCAUCGCAACACUAUUGAUCUGUACUUUCACACAGUCCCAAGGCAAGGUAUUCCAAUAUUACUCUUCAAUAAAACUGCUUUUUGGUGUCACUUAAACCCCUCAUAAUGUAGAGCUUAUGCCGGUAUGUGCAUAGUAUCUGCAGUAAAAGUUAUGCUACAUAGACUUGUUGCAGUUAAAUUUAAGCUACAGAAAUGUACAAGUAACUUGUUUUUAGGAAUGUACUGCGAAAGUAUUUGAACGAAAUUGCUAACAUGUUUACUGUUGUAAAUAUUUUAAUAAAAAAAAGGACACUUCAAACUUUUUUACACAAUUAUCUACAAUAAAGAGAAAUUUACAACCAUUUACAUACAAAA